AUAAUCUGCUGUAUGCAAUUAUACAUAGUUAUUGUCUAUAUAUAUAUUUGAAUCUAUUAAAUAUUAAUCAACAAAGUUGAAACUCUAUCAAUUCAUUAAAAUUUUGAUAAAUUGUAACUUUUCGGUACGCUGUAUAUCAUAUACGUAAAAGUUAUUAACUCUGCAAAUCAAGAUACGUUACCUGAAUUUAACAUCAACAAACAUUUACUGCAAUGUCAAGUGCCAAAUCUGUGCGUUUAACCCGCGAAAUGAAAAGUUUUUGGAAUAAACCCCCAUGGGGAAUUACAUGUCGUCCAGAGAAAGAAGAUGUUCUCGAUGUCCUGAUGAUAAAUAUGUGUGGGCCUAGAGGCUCUCCUUAUGAAGCUGGACAGUUUAAACUAGUGAUAAAUGUUCCAGACCGGUAUCCUUUUGAACCACCUCAAGUAAAGUUUGUGACACCAGUUUAUCAUCCAAAUAUUGAUGCAGUUGGAAGGAUAUGUAUGAACAUGCUGAAAAUGCCGCCUAAGGGAUCUUGGUUACCUACAAUUACCAUAGAGACACUCUUAAUAUCAAUUCAAACACUACUUGCUAACCCAAAUCCUGAUGACCCUUUGGUAACGGAAAUUGCUAUGGAGUAUAAAUAUAAUAUUGAUUUAUUUAAUGAAAAUGCCAAAAAACAUACUAAAGCAUAUGCUGUGUAAAUAUCCUUUGAUAAUACUUUAGUAAAUAGGAAUGGUUAAUAGUGUAACUAUUUAGAUAAAAUUAAAUAUGUAAUAACUACUUUACAAUAUUAUUAUACUCCGUUCAUGUGGUUAACAGACAACAAGUGGGCAGUAUACUCAUAGAAAAAAUAUUGUAAGACUAAAUAUGAUCAAACUAAUACUUUGCGUUAUGGAAUGUCUAUGAUUAAGAUUUACGUUUGGUAAUCUGAUUGAAAUGUAAAGACUGAUAUUUAAUGUAACAAGUCUAGUCUUUUAGGGACAAUGGUACUUUAUUAUUAUAAAAUCCUAAGUUUUCUUUUUAUAAAAAAAAAACUUUUAUGGUGCUGGUAUUGGCUUUUUAUUCUCAUAAGUGUUCUUUAGUUGAAGCAAAAUAAAACUAUUUUUGGUAAAA